AGCUAUCCCGGCGGGCCGCGCGCGCGGCCGCGUUUGAAUGGCCCGGAGUGGGGUCCGGCCCGGGAGCCGAGGGACGCCGUAGGCUGCCGGGCGCGGGUCGUCAGCGCCGGAGCUGUGCUGAGGCGCCGCGGCACCAUGAGGCGCCGGUAUUUAAGAGAUGAUGGCAUCUGAAACCCACAAUGUUAAAAAACGAAACUUUUGUAAUAAUAUUGAGGAUCAUUCCAUUGAUCUUCCUAGGAAAAAGAUCUCUAAUUUCACUAAAAAGAACAUGAAGGAGGUUAAGAAAUCUCCAAAACAGCUGGUUGCUUACAUAAAUAGAACAGUUGGACAAGCUGUGAAAAGCCCGGAUAAACUACGGAAGGUGAUCUAUCACAGAAAGAAAGUUCAUCAUUCCUUUCCAAAUCCUUGUUACAGAAAAAAACAGCCCCCUAGAAGUGGGGGCUGUGACAUGGCAAAUAAAGAAAAUGAACUGGCUUGUGCAGGCCACUUGCCUGAAAAAUUACGCCAUGAUAGUCGAACAUACUUGCUUAACUCCAGUGAUUCUGGUUCUUCUCAGACAGAAAGCCCAUCAUCAAAAUAUAGUGGGUUUUUUUCUGAGGUUUCUCAGGACCAUGGAACAAUGGCCCAAGUUUUGUUCAGCAGGAAUUUGAGACUGAACGUAGCUUUAACUUUCUGGAGAAAGAGAAGUAUAAGUGAACUUGUAGCUUAUUUGGUGAGGAUAGAAGAUCUUGGAGUUGUGGUAGAUUGCCUUCCUGUACUCACCAAUAGUUUACAGGAAGAAAAACAAUAUAUCUCACUUGGCUGCUGUGUAGACUUGUUGCCUCUAGUAAAGUCACUACUUAAAAGCAAAUUUGAAGAAUAUGUUAUAGUUGGCCUGAACUGGCUUCAAGCAGUCAUAAAAAGGUGGUGGUCAGAACUGUCAUCCAAACCAGAAAUUAUAAAUGAUGGAAAUAUUCAGAUUUUAAAACAACAAUUAAGUGGAUUGUGGGAACAGGAAAAUCAUCUUACUUUGGUUCCAGGAUAUACUGGUAAUAUAGCUAAGGAUGUAGAUGCUUAUUUAUUACAGUUGCAUUGAAAGAUUUCAUCUACUAAAGAGCAUUUGAGUAUUCAAAACAUCCCUGGACUAUAUGAUGUACAAAAAAAGGUCUUGUCUGAGAACUGUGAACUGUGGAAGAAAUCAAAACUAUUUUUUCUUUUAAAAAGCCACGUAAUGAAACCACUAAUGAAACCCUAACGAUCUACUUCACAUUGAAGUGGAAAAAUAUCCAAAAGGAGCAGCUUCAACUUCAAUGAGGUGAAAGUGCACUAUGAAGAUUGUUCACCUUUGCUGCAUUUGGGAUUUAUAUGGUUAUUUGGUGACUUUGUUUAAGAACUACUGGGUCUUAAUGCAAUCCUGCAUAAGAGUAUAAUUUAUACUAUGUGAAAAAAUAAGACAGGACUUAUUACUAAGAACCACAAAGACCAAUCAUUAUUAGCUUUUUUAAGAUUGUGUUUUAUUAAAAAAACACUUAAAUGUGUGCAGCUAUUUUCUUAUGUUGAAAAAGACAAAGUUUAAAACAUCAUAGCAAAAAUCAAUAUUAAAAUUUUUUUGCUCACACUGAGAUACUGUGUAUGCAAGAUGCCUUAAUUAGUAACUAGCCAAUGUGCUAUUAUGUUAUGAUACCAAUAUCUGUGUAAAAAAAUUAAAACCAAUCGUGAUUCUGGCAUGAUAAAAUCAUGGAAUUAAAUCAGGGGUUUACAUUCAUGUAGAAUGUUGCUGAAAUGUAUUCCACACCAUUUUUAAAACUUGAGAAUACUUCACUCUCUCUGAUUUUUUUUUGCCAGAAUCAUGUCAUGUAUGUAUGUGUUAUCCUUAUCUAAAGAAAAAGGUGAAUAUGUAUCUGUAUGAAUGUUUGACUGGAAAUGUCCAUUGCGUUGGCUAAUUUAUAUUCACUUUUUAUUGUAUAUAGAUGGCUAAUAUUUUUCAUUUCUGUAUCAUUUAAACUUCCUUUAUUUGAGUAAAUUCACUAAAUAUUUCUA